UAAGGUUUUCUAACACUUUAGCUCACUUGGAUCCCUACUUUCGUUUGAAAAAACAGCAACAUGAGAGCCGCCGUCAAGCUUGGACUGAAGAUGAGCCGGCUGUCAUUCUUCAAGAAACUCCUCAGAAGCGUCCGAAUGAGGAGGUGUCUCGCUCUUCUGGUCACUCAUCGCAGACGCAAUUUCUGGCCUUGAAGACUGCCCCUGGGUAAUGAAAAAUCCUUAUAUUUUUGGGUUGUUCAAAUUGUAUCUUUAUACUGAUGAUCUUGCAACAUUUUUCUUGGUGGCCAAGCUAAAUCCAAGAAAAUGAAGGUAGCUAAACCGGUGGAAGACCCGCCAGUGCUUGCAUCUGACCCCGCCAGGCCAUCUUCUCCAUUAACCGACCCUCCAGCAGACCCGCCUGUUGAUGUAGAAACAAAUCCUCCUGAGUUGUCAUUUGAUGAAACCACUGUGAACCCUUCUGCUACUGGACCAUCAAGCUCAGCCAACCAACCAUCACCGUCUGCACAAGACAUUCAGAUCACCGGGAGCCACUUUAUUGAACCAGGGAAUCCAACCGUGCUGGCUCGGUGUACUGCAAAACAAGAGGCAUUGGAGAGGCAGAAAGUUCGCUUUGACGUUGCCAACUAUGACCAUCUAAAUGCCAAUGAUAUUUUAUCCGACUAUCUCAACCAUGUACACUCCAGUCGCGACUUUGAGAUUGAAAUGGUCAAACAGCUGCAAUUGAAAUACGAGAAUGCCUUAUCUUAAUCGAACUUGCAAUUGACUGAUGCGAAGACCCGGCUAGCGAGUCAGGAGGCAGAAAUCAAAUCUGCUAACUCCAAGCUGAAAAUAAGUCUCUUUGAGACGGAAAAUUUAAAGACCAGUUGCGCUGCCAAGAAGAAAACUUGGGAAGAGGAAAAAACGCUUCUGACCCAACGCGCUGAGAAGGCCGAAACAGCCCUUGAAGAGAUUUCAACAGAGCUGAAUGGUUUAAAGGGUCAGGUGUCUCAAAUUGUAACACCCCGGAUGUAACUUUCCCAAUUUGUACUCCAACUCUUGCCGUUUUCGGCGUUAAGUUAUUUUUUUCUCGGGUUUGGGUCUUUGUCUCCGUGUGUU